AUGGAUCGCCAUUAUAGUUACCGAGAACGGCGUUUUCGUCCGCAUCCACGAAUACCACAGGAACGAAAUCAACUUUAUAAGUCCUCUGAAUUAGACUAUACUAUUUCCGGUACCGGAGCAGAGGGUGGAGUUGGAAGUUAUUUUGGCACCUCAGGACCUGGUUAUUUUGGAGCUGAGAAUCAACCACGACGGUCGCGAUCAUUAGAUAAUCGAAAAGAUUGGUUGUUCAGCGAUGAUUAUGGAUUUCCAGCAAUAGGAACAGAUGAGAGAUAUAAUGGUGCUACAAAGAGGUACCAAUCUCACCAACAACGAAAUUAUAAUUAUCAGCCAUAUCUUAGUGUUAAUACCGGUCACCGAGGUACCUAUGAUGGACGACGUGGUAAUGAUCAUUAUUUUGACAACUUAGUAACCCUACAGUCCAAUCCUACUGAAUCGGAUUGGGAUGCCUUGGAUCGUUCAAUUCGAAAUUAUCGUGAAGAUCCCGGCGGUGCAACCAUACGACAUUCCAAGGUUCAAAAUUUAUCUCCAGUUCGUCCAAGUGGUGUUCUUGGUGGUCAUUCAGGUGGCACCAAAUCAAAACGACACAAUUUACCAUCAUACAUUUGCCGACAUUGCGGGACUGGUGGUGGCUUUGGAGGACCGCAAAAUGGCAUUUCUGUCAGCAGAAAUGAAUCAAUAAGGGGUAUUCGAAAUGAUUUCCCAAGUGGUUCAGGAUUACAAGACGAAAUGGAAUUCGGUGCUAAUCACGGUGUGGCAAAUUACUACCGAGGUAGUAAUUCUAACCAUCAACAAUCCGAGUAUUAUGGACCAAGUGCUGGGCCUGCAAAUGUCACAAGUACAACGAGAGGUCGAACAAUGAUCCGUGGUGCUACUGCCGGUACCACACGUUAUGGCCUUGGAGAGCAAAAAUAUUAUAAGUUUCACUGCUGCUGUUUAAGUUUUCGUUGGCCACCUUGGGCUUUUGAAGAAGUGGAACCGCCACAAUCAUUAUAUCGUCGUACUUGA